UGUCCACUCCAGGGCGGCGGACGCACCCUGAUCAAAGCUUUGCAGCUCUGAGCCGGAGCGGUCUGCUUGGCAAAGGAAACUGGAAACCUCAGAGACCUUCCCCCUGCACCUCCGACCGGCACCCGAUGCUGCCGCCCCCUCUGCGGCCGAUUGGCUCUUCAGCGCUGUGGCUGCCCCGCCCGGCAGUGGGUGGACUCGCUCACCUUCCCCAGCCGGCCGGGCUGGCCGGCCUCUCUGCCCACUGUCCUCUCUCCUCCCCUCCAGCAUGGUGUGUCUGUGGCGCCCCAGAGGCCCCUGUGUGGCAGCUGUGAUCGCGGCGCUGAUGGCGCUGAGCCCUCCCGUGGCUUUGGUCCGGGACCCCCGACCACAUUUUCUGUUGCAGCUGAAGGCUGAGUGCCAUUACUUCAGUGGGAGGGAGCAUGUGUGGAGUGCGACCAGGUUCAUCUAUAACCAGGAAGAGUUUGCCCGCUUCGACAGUAACCUUGGGAAGUUCCUGGCAGUGACUGAGCUUGGGGGGCCCAUCGCUGAGGACCUGAAUAGCCAGAAGGACGUCCUGGACAAUUAUCGGGCCUCAGUGGACAGGUGCAGAAACAACUACGACCUUGUUGAUAUCUUCCUGCUGAAGCUGAAAGCUAAGCCCAAGGUGUCUGUGCACCCUGCAAAGACGCAGCGCCUGGAGCACCACAACCUCCUGAUCUGCUCUGUGAAUGACUUCUACCCGGGCGACCUUGAGGUCAGAUGGUUCCGGAACGGCCAGGAGGAGAAGGCUGGGGUCUCGUCCACCGGCCUGAUCCCCAAUGGAGACUGGACCUACCAGGCCCUGGUGAUGCUGGAGACGGUUCCCCAGAGCGGAGAGGUCUACGCCUGCCAGGUGGCGCAUCCCAGCCUGAGCAGCCCUGUCACCGUGGAGUGGAGGGCUCAGUCAACACCUGCACGGAGCAAGAUGCUGACCGGGGUCCUGGUCCUGGUGCUUGGUCUGUUCUUCCUCGUGAUGGGGCUGUUUGUCUACCUUAGGAAUCUGAGAGUUUGUCUAUAUGGUGGAUUACACUGACAGAUUUUCGUAUGCUGAAUCAGCCCUGCAUCUCCGGGAUGAAGCCUACUUGAUCAUGGCAGACUGGCUUAAACUUUCAAUGUAAAAACUUCAAAGACAGUUCUAAGCAUUCAAAGCAACCACAUAAAUACAUUGGAACAAGUGGGAAAUAAAGGAUAUAACAGGAGACAGGCCAUGGCAGUAACCAGACCAGCUAGGAAUGGUUUUAGUCCUGGCACUCAGGGAGGCAGAGGCAGGCAGAUCUCUUUGAGUUUGAGGCCAGCCUGGUCUACAGAGUAAGUCCAGGACAGCCAGGGCUACACAGAGAAACCCUAUCUCGAAAAACCAACCAACCAACAAAACAAAACAAAACAAAACAAAACAAAACAAAAAAAAGUACCCAGACCUUUCCUGCCUGUCUUAGGGCUCUAUUGCUCUGAAGAGAUACCAUGAUCACAGCAAGUCUUAUAAAGUUUAAUUGGGACUGGCUUACCAUUUCAGAGGUCUAUUUAGUUUUAUUAGCAUCACGUCAGCAAUCAUGGUGGAUCGCAGGCAGGCAUGCAUGGUGUGGGAGGAGGAGCUGAGAGUUCUGCAUCCAGAUCAGCAGGCAGCAGACCUGACCGCCACACUGGGCCUGGCUUGAGCGUCUGAGACCUCAAAGCCUGCCCCCAGUGACACACUUCCUCCAGCAAGCCACACCCACUCCAACGGGCCACGCCUCCUCACAGUGCCGCUCCCGGAGGCCCUGUGGGGGCAUCUUCUUUCACCACACCGAUUCUUAUCUAAAAGGAUGCACACGGCUCACCAGAGCGAAGCCGCACAGACCAGCUAGAAACGGUCUGGGUUUGCCUACCCGAGGCUCGGUUCAGACAACAAACGUCCACUCCUCUGUGGACACGAACAGACCAAGACUCCGAGUGUCGGCUUCACGAAGAUUUGGUGCGUUAGUUUCAAAAUUAAAUCUAAGAAGCGAGCCGUCAGCUCAGAAGUCUAUCUCGGGGCAGUGACUGCUGCAGGGGGAUGUAUUUGUCAUCAGAGAGGACUCCUCUUGUCUUAGGGCAGAUCCCAGGUCUCCGUGACGCACCGUAAUCCUCACUAGGUAUUAGUUACAUAAAUUAGAUUUUCUGACAGGAACCCGAUAAGCUGAGCGUCACCAGGUCGGCGCCGUCGCUUUCCCCAAAUAAUCUCCUUAUCCAAUCAAACCUCACAGCUUACAGGUGGAGUUUAAACGCAGCUUGAUGGUUCCCUGGAUGCCUAAAUAGAGAGGAGGAGUAGGUGCAGACCAGCAAGUAACACACACACGAAUAGAAAACUGCGGUGGUUCCGCAGUUUUAGGAGCAACUGUCUAUUGGCAGAGUGGCUGAGAGAGAGAGCCUGGCUGUGCUCCGCCUCACCACCGCCCAGUCCACUCCUCCGUGGGCGUCACGGCGUUUUUCCUGAUGAUGUCUUAUGGCUGUCCAACGAAAGUCUUUCUACCAUGUUGUCAGUGCUCUCUGAAUACUUGGCAAUUUUUUUGCUUCAAUUUAUAUAUUUUUUCUUUCUUUCUUUUUUUAAAUGAAAAUAGCACAUGCCUGUAUAUACAGACACAAAAUUGUCUUCAUCAGCAGCACACAAUAAAUAUUUGGCAUUUUAAAUAUCAUUGUUCAACGUAUUAUCUUCUGGACUUUGUUUUCAUUUGUUUCUAUCAGAAUUUUAUUCACAGUGAUUUUGUACCCUUUGCUAUUAAGUAUCUUAUUAAUACUAUGCAUUUGUCUGGGCUCUUUUUUUCUUCUAAGUGUCUCGCUAUAUCAAGAGGAAUUGAUGGCAAUUUCAUAUUCUUUGAUAUCAGAAAACCUUUUGUUUAUUGAUGUUGCCAUUUUCCCCACUGCUCAGUACCAUCAUGCUCCAGACGCAAAAUGGAAAAAUUUGAAUAUUCUGCCCCUGUGCCUGACGUGAGAAGCAGGACAGGUGUCUUUUCCCAGAUCAAAUAAAUUGCUUUUUAUUAUAGAUUUCCCAAGAAAUCAGUGCAUUCAAAAAGAAAAGCACAACUUUAAGGUCAAGUGGUAAAUUCUACUACAACUCAUUAUGUGAGUUUAUCUGGGUGAUCAAAUGGUUUUUGUUUGUUUUAUUUUUUCCAUCUUUUAAUGAAUGUAAAUUGCAUUAACUGAUUCUCAAAUGUUUAAUCAGUAUGGUCUUUCUAAAGAAAUUCUUAUAAUGUCACUGGAUUUAAAGUGCCGACGUUCCACACACCAGUUCUCUCUGCCCUUCACUGCGGG